GCAAUCGCGCUGCGUGCGGUCAAGGAAAUUCAGUUGCACCGGCCGGCUCAAGCUGGUCUCGACUAUGUGCGUGAGCUGCAGGCGUUGGCGAAGUUUUCUCAGGAAAAGUUACCGACUUCUUUAUUAAAUCCUAUGGCUGGUUUACUAGUCAGGAAUCCCUGUUUAUCACCAUGGAAUAUUGCGAAUACGGAGACCUAAAGAAGUACCUUGCCCGCCAUGGCAGUCUUCUCGAGAUCGAGGUGAUCGAUAUCUCUGUCCAAGUUCUCACGGGAUUGGCGUUUAUGCACGAGGAAGGCUUCGCUCACAGAGACGUAAAGCCGGCUAACAUCUUAAUCAAAACCUUGCCACCCGACAGAUGGUGGGUGAACCUCUCAGAUUUUGGACUUUCCAAACGUACCGUAGACAUGCACGGAUUCGACUCCACGAGUGUUCGAGGAACUCCAGGAUUCAUGCCCCCCGAGACGGCCGGGUUCGAUGGGGACCCUCGACAGGCGGAUCCUCAGUCUGCCGAUAUCUGGUGUGUUGGGGAGAACAUCUUCCAGUUGCUAACGGGCCGACCAACGUUCCGUACCCAGGCCGACCUUAUGAAUUACCAGCUAGGAAGGUUGCAAUUCCCAGACGAGAGUCUGGAAUCUGGACUUCUAUGCCUGAUGCAUCAGGGUCGGCAGGCAUACCCAAAGCCGAUAUUAUUGAUAGUGCGUCCAUAGAAGAGUGGUCGAAUGGUCCAGAAUUCCGCGAUGCUGGCAACCUGGAUGGCUCGCGGUCGCAAAUGGACCAGACGAAUGAACCACCGGCAGGGAAAGACAUGAAGCCAGAUUUUCCUCUUUCAACAGACCCUAGAGAUUAUGACUUAUUUCCUUCCAUGGACCCCAGAGCAUCUCGGGACCCACAGACGGCAUGGACACCAGAGCCCAUUCUUCUAGAUCCCAUGCUUCUAGAUCUCCCUCCUGGAUUAGUAGGAAAGGCGUUAACGCCGCAAGUGUACGUUGGUGCUUCACAUCUGGGUGGGAAUUUUGCCAAAGAAACCGAGGGAAAUAUUAAGGAAGGAAAUCAGGACUUGGUCACCGAGAACCAGGGGACAAAGGACAAUGAUCUAUCGACGAAGCCUGGUCCGGACAACAUUAAAUCUGGAAGCAAUGGUGUUAGCGCCAUCGAGAAUGACGUCCGGCAAGCUUUCAAACGCUUCGCGGAACAAAAAUACCGAACUCAGGCCCGUAUUAGUCAGAGCACGAAGUUAUCUGAGCUCAAGAAGUGUGGUGACAGUUUUAAGCUGCACACUCCAAUAGCAGAUGACUUGCGGCCGAUCCUAGGGAUUGACAAAAUCAAGAGGCAGCAGGACACAAAGGAAACUCCAAUAUCGUAGCGGUGACACACGGGCUCUGUGUCAUGAUAGCCUACCGAGAGAUGGAACGUCCCGAGCACAAGACUCGGUGCUGCGAAACCGAGCACGCAGCCUUAUUUGAAUGGCUAGAAUGUCAAGGGCUGAAAACCACCACCUUUGGGCAGAUCUUAUUAGAUGAUAUAAUCCGAAGACGUGCUCAUGAAGCACCCGAACUGGAUCUCGUAAUCGUGAUGGGAACGCCUUGGAAAUAACACACUGUUCAUUGGCUAGGUAUGGAGCAUAGACAUUGCAUUACGGAGGCACAUCAAGUAUACACAAGCAUCAAUUAGCGAUUCAAUAACCAUGAUCAUCUAGGUAUAGGAGGUGAUAGAGGAAAAUGGCCACUGUCACGACAAUGUCAUCAGAAUCUCGGAUGUUUGGGGUGACUUUGACUGUCUUUGAAAUGACUGUGUUUGACAUCAAGAUUACGGUAAUAUAUUAG